CCUCGACAUGCCCCAGGGUUCCUAACAUGGACGACUUUCCAUGGGAUCAGGUGAAAUCUGGAGACCUAGAGAGCCUGUUGAUCGUUCUCUUUUCGAGUUCGACAUCUCGCAGAAUUCGUGCUCUCCAGGAACUCCGCGAGAGAAUCGGGUCGGAUCUCCCACAACAAACCCGUGAGCCUCUCCUUGGGCUCCUCUUCAAGACCUAUCCUCGCUAUGUCGAUCGCCCCUCCCGUCAAGCUGUACAGCAGUGUCUCCGCUCGCUUCUCAAGGCCCCGGUCCCGACCGACGACCUAAAAUAUCUCACACAGAAGCUGCAAGCAGAGGUGUCUAGACCUGCAUUAUCAUCUGCCUCUGCGCUCGUGCUGCUGGAAUGGUGCUCGGUUAUCUUACAGGCUCUAAGCAAUGAUCCUGAAACACCGCUUUCAGCCGUAUUAGACAUUAUCGCGGCGGAUGCGAAGGUACUUGAGAUUUGUUUGGCCUCUAACCCCAAGCUUUCAGUGAAGCAGUCGGCCCUCAGAGUCACGAGACGUGCGCUGCGGGCCGUUUUCUCGUCGGGAACUUGGGGCGAGGAUGCCGUCAGCCAGUCUACUCGUCGUUUGACUAGCGAUUCAACUUCGGGACAGAAGAAUGCUCCCUUCCUGGGAGUCAUCUCCGGCGUGUGCGCCCGCCUUCCGGACAAGAAACCUGUUUUGGAAGGGGAAAAGAAGUCGAUUAUCAAUUUCUAUGUCAAGGAAUUAGCAGGGUCGAAAACCGCACCACCAGCCCACAUUGCAGAUGCUCUCUCCGACUUCUUCAUCUCUUUCGUCUCAUACGAGGAUGUGGUGUCCGACAUAGUACCACCCCUAGAAAAAGCUAUUUUGCGUUCCCCGGAGGUGGUUCUCAGCGGGCUUGUACCUUCAUUAUGCUCGUCAUUACCCGAACAGAUGGACUUGUCAGAUAUUCUGCAUUCAAAACUGUUGAAGCACCUUCUUUCCAGCAUGAAGUCCAACAAUGCAGCCACCAGACAGGGUGCUGUUCAGUCGUUUGAGUCACUGCUCUCAAGGUCGAAAACUGAAAACUUGCUUCUUAAAGUCACAACCGAAGUUGUUGGUCCUUUGAAGACUCAGAAAAUAACAAACCCCGAGCAGCGCGCCGUGUAUGCUCAGGCACUCUCGGCUACGCUGCCUUCCACUGAUGUCUCGAAGGAGGUGGUCCAGGGGUUUGUUCCUGUAUUCGCACGAGAAUCCAACGAAGCUGCGCUGGAACAGGAAAUCAAAGCAUUUUGUAAACAUCUAGCAUUUCUCGUCCAACACAAGGUAAAAGUCAACGAUGAUGUUAUCAACGCCAUCGUGAAGGGAUCUGCAGAGAAAAGAAUUCCGUUCCGAAAGCUCUGGCAGCUCAAUGUGGGAGAAUUGCUCUGGAGCGCCGAUUCAGCAACCCUAGUUAGUGCUGAAGUUGAGCCGUUCGUGACCAAAUUCAUGUGUAAAAUGAAAGAUCUGUUCAACGAAGUGGCUUCUAAUCCCUUGCCGUCGGCCCAGAAUGGCUCGUUAUCGACGGCCUAUGUCUUUCUUGCACUUGCUGAGCGGUUGUCUUCAGUACAAGGAUUCGAUAAAGUCACAUGGGAAGAAUUGGUGGCCCAGAUGAUGGUCCUUAGCCCCAAGCCAUCUCUACUGCUUAACCCAAAAGCUUAUUCAAAGUUGACCACCCAAGGAGAGGUCGAGUGGGUUACGAGAACACUUGCAGCUGUGUCUUCUGGAACGAAGUUUGAGAGUGCGGAAGACGCAGCCAAAAUUGCAUGGGGCCAGGCGUUUAUUUAUACCAUCACUAUCCCCGGGCUUCAUUCAAACUUCCGAGAGCGUUCCGCUAGCAUCCUAUCAGAAGUUCAUCUUAAACGAGUAGGAUUCAUCGGUCGCAUCGUAAUAGAUUCUUUGUGGGGCUGGAUACUUUCUCUGAGAACUUCUGAGAAAGAGUCUGCGCCUGUUUCUGCAGGAUCGGAAAGCCUGAAAUUCCUUCAUUUGGUAAUGAAAGCCAUUUGUUCACCUGUAUCAAGUCUUCCGGAACAAGAGAAGGCCUCUGCAGAAUUGAAGAACCAGCUUAUCGAGCUCAUCGUUAUUGGCCGUCCUGAGCUGAUCCCGAAUGUCUCAUGGAUUACGCUAUGCCUGAGAACUGGCAUUGACCCUGGCAACCUCGUCCGCGAAUUCGCCGAUGAGUCUAUGAAUCAAUUGACACGGGUGCAUAAUGACCCAAUUCAAUCCAGGGUUCCUCAAAUCGACGAUGCUAUCUGGAGCGCUGCCGGCGAGUUGGCUUUCGUGGCGCCUGACGCUAUGGUUUCCCGACUUGUGGCUCAGAUCAAGGACGAUUUGGAUGCCUCACGUGUGUCCAAGUUCACUCCAACUGACGUUGCUAUUGCUCGGACCCCCGAAGGAACCAUGUUUGUUGAUGUCCUUAGCACCAAGUCGAAGCCUGCUUUCGACAAGAACACGAAAGACUAUGGCAUUCUCAAGUGGGAAGAGGAGUUACGAGCACAACUAGCAGAGAAAAAGGGCCAGAAACAAAAGAAACUGACAGCGGAUGAGCAAUCUAAAGUGAAAGCCCAGCUCGCGAAAGAGUCCAAGAUUCGUGAAGAAGUUCUGCGGGAAAUUAAAAGGAUUGAAAGAGGCGCUGGGAUCAUGCAGGGUCUUGCAAGCGGUCCGGCUGUCGAAGCAGAUGGCUGGAUCAAUACCGCAGUGGGAUCUUUACUGUCUCUCGUGAAGGCUGGUGCAGGCUUAAUUGCCGGUGAUGUCGUGUCUAAGGCCUAUAUCAAGUGUGCGGAGAAGGUCUCUUCACGAUUGGGCCCGUUACGAUCCUUCGUGGGCGUUGCAACUCUGCGGGCACUUGGCAGGAGCCAACUUUCCCCCGAGAUGGAUGCAGAACCCCUCGGUCAACUUGUGACAAGAAUUCUUUAUCGUCUGCGGUUUGCAUCCGAGCAACGACCUUUUGAUAUCACAUCUCUAGCAUACAUUCUUCCACUUGUUCUCCUUGUUCUUAGUGGAAACGGAAUUGAUGAACAAAAGGGAGAGGAGGAAGGUGAACAAGUUCUGCUUGCGCUUGAGUUCCUAUCCUUCCAUUCGGGGUCAUUUACCGACAAACGUCUCCCCCGUGCUGAUGUUCUAGAUCACUUGCUCAUAUCAAUGCAAAAGUAUACUCAGCAUUACAAAUUGAUUAAGGAUACUCUAUUCGAUUUCUGCAAGUGUAUCUCACCCACUAUCAACAAUGCAGAACUGGACGUUCUUCUGCAAGGUACCAUCGUUUCAGACACAUCUGUUCGCACAGCUGUACUGCAGGCUAUCGAUGCCGAGAUUGACCUGACCGACCUAGACUUCUCUGAACACGUUUGGCUAGAAUGCCAUGACCACGUGGAAGAAAACGCCGAAAUAGCCGAGACAAUCUGGGAUGAUAAUGCACUGGAAGUCGAUGACUCUUCCUACGGUAAAAUUAUUCCGUAUCUUGCGUCCAAGGACUCCCAGCUCCGCGGUGCCGCUGCUCGUGCGUUGGCACAUGCCCUUGAGUCCAAUCCAACCAAGUUUGAGGAAAUAUUUUCGGAACUGCAAGCUAAGUACGAAAGCGAGGCCAAGCCUAAGGUGCCAGAAAAGGAUAUGUAUGGGAUGCCCAAGAAAAUGGACAUGGCCGAUCAUUGGGAAUUCCGCAGCGGUAUUGCCCUCGCUUUUACCGCCAUGACGAACGGGUUUGAGGGCGAACAGAUUUUGUCUUUCCUCAGAUUCUUGAUCGAAAGAGGGCCUCUGAUUGACCGAAGCCCUGUGGUCAGAGCCCAGAUGGCUGAUAGCGGCAGAUCUGUCAUCGCCGACCGUGGCCAGCACAAGGUUGAAGAAUUGAUGAAUAUCUUAGAAACGACUCUGGAAACAUCAGAUAAGGGAAGUGAGACCUCUGACCUUCUCAACGAGGCGGUGGUUGUUCUUUAUGGCUCUCUGGCCCGGCAUCUUAAAGCAGACGAUCCGCGUUUGCAAACUGUCAUCAAGAGGCUGCUUGCUACCCUCCCAACUCCUUCUGAAUCUGUUCAAUCCGCUGUUUCUGGAUGCCUACCGCCUCUCAUCAGACUGUCGGGCUCUCAAAGUGCUGGCUAUGUGCAGGAAAUGCUGGACCAGCUUUUGCAGUCCAAGAAGUAUGCCACUCAACGUGGAGCAGCUUAUGGGCUUGCUGGCAUUGUCAGUGGAAGGGGUGUCUUAUCUUUACGAGAAUUCCAGAUCAUGGCCCAUCUUCGCGCAGCCACUGAAAAUAAGAAGGAGCCACAUCAGAGACAAGGCGCUCUACUGGCUUACGAACUUUUUGCGACAAUCCUAGGCCGCACUUUUGAACCAUAUGUUAUUCAGAUCGUUCCGCAGCUUUUGGCUAGCUUUGGUGAUCCCAAUGCUGAUGUUCGUGACGCUUGUCUUGAUGCGGCAAAGGCUUGCUUUUCCAACCUCAGUUCGUAUGGCGUCAAGAAAAUCCUUCCUACCCUUCUUGACGGUCUUGAUGAUACCCAAUGGCGUAGUCAAAAGGGUGCCUGUGAUCUGCUGGGUGCGAUGGCCUACCUUGAUCCGCAGCAACUAGCAGCAAGCCUGCCUGAUAUUAUUCCUCCCCUCACCGUUGUCCUGAACGAUACGCACAAGGAAGUGCGUAACGCUGCAAACCGAAGUCUCCAACGUUUCGGUGAGGUUAUCAGUAACCCAGAGAUCAAGAGCUUGGUUAGCGUGCUUCUGAAAGCUCUGAGCGAUCCAACGAAGCAUACGGACGAGGCUUUGGAUUCCCUUAUCAAGGUUUCUUUCGUUCACUACCUAGAUGCUCCUUCCCUGGCGCUUGUUGUUCGUAUUUUGGAGCGUGGUCUUGGCGACAGAUCGAAUACAAAGCGGAAGUCUGCGCAGAUUAUUGGUAGUUUGGCCCAUCUUACCGAGCGCAAAGAUCUCAUAUCACACUUGCCAAUCAUUGUCUCUGGACUUCAACUGGCUAUCGUCGAUCCUGUGCCCACUACACGUGCUACUGCCUCUAAGGCCCUUGGAUCACUUAUUGAGAAACUUGGAGAAGAUGCCCUUCCCGACCUCAUUCCUAACCUCAUGUCGACUCUCAAAUCCGACACCGGCGCCGGUGAUAGAUUAGGAUCUGCUCAAGCCCUUUCCGAGGUUCUGGCAGGAUUGGGUACUACGAGACUCGAGGAGACACUGCCUACUAUACUACAGAACGUUUCCAGCUCCAAACCAGCUGUUCGUGAAGGUUUCAUGACUCUCUUUAUCUUCCUUCCAGCUUGUUUCGGUAACAGCUUUGCGACUUACCUGGGCAAGAUUAUCCCGCCUAUCCUCUCUGGUCUGGCUGACGAUGUUGACUCUAUCCGCGAAACCUCUCUUAAAGCUGGUCGUUUGCUGGUUAAGAAUUUCUCUUCCAAGGCUAUUGAUCUCCUUCUCCCAGAGCUCGAGCGCGGCCUUGCAGACGACAGUUACCGUAUCCGGUUGAGCUCGGUUGAGCUGGUCGGUGAUCUUCUCUUCAGCAUUACUGGUAUUACGGCCAAGGCUGAUGGCGAAGAAGAGGAGGAAGAAGAAGCCCACCAGGCCGGACAGUCCUUGCUGGAGGUUCUUGGAGAAGAAAGAAGGAACAGGGUUCUAUCUGCCUUGUUCAUCUGCCGCUGCGAUACCUCGGGUCUUGUCAAGGGCGCAGCGAUGGGUGUCUGGAAGGCGCUUGUUGCGUCUCCGAAAACACUUAAGGAUAUGGUGCCUACUCUAUCCCAGCUUAUUAUUCGUCGUCUUGGAUCCUCGAACAUGGAACAGAAGGUCAUUGCCAGUAAUGCACUUGGAGAUCUUAUCAAGAAAGCCGGCGAAACUGUUCUCUCGAGUUUGCUUCCUUCCCUCGAGGAAGGGCUCCAAACAUCGCCAGAUGUGGACGUUAAGCAAGGCAUUUGCAUUGCCUUGCGGGAACUCAUUACUUCCGCAACUGCUGAAGCCCUUGAGGAUUAUGAGAAGGUCCUCAUCUCUACCGUUCGGGUGGCUCUUGUUGAUAACGAUGAGGAUGUGCGUGAAGCUGCUGCAGAAGCUUUCGACGCUCUACAACAAAUUCUGGGCAAGAAGGCUGUGGACCAGGUUCUGCCCCAUCUUCUGCUCCUAUUAAGGAAUGAGGAAGAUGCUGAGCAAGCACUGUCAGCCCUUUUGACUCUUCUCACUGAACAAACACGGGCGAACAUUAUCCUUCCCAACCUUAUCCCGACACUGCUCACCUCUCCUAUUUCUGCUUUCAACGCCAAGGCACUUGCUUCCCUUGCUGAGGUGGCAGGCUCUGCGAUGUCACGCAGACUCCCCACAAUCCUGAACUCUUUGAUGGACAACAUCAUAUCAACUACAGACGAUGCCCUCCGCGACGAGUUGUGCAACGCAUUCGACACUGUCUUGGUAUCAGUGGAUGAAUUUGAUGGCCUGAACGUUGUUAUGAAUGUCAUGCUGUCGCUAAUGAAGCAUGAUGAUCAUCUGCGCCGUGCUCAGGCGGCAGUUCACUUGAACAAGUUCUUCUCGGAUGCAACAAUCGACUACUCUAGAUAUCACCAGGACUUGAUUCGCGUCUUGCUGAUUUCCUUCGAUGACAAUGACAAGGGUGUUGUCAAGGCCGCAUGGACGGCACUGAGUGGUCUAACAUCCCAUAUGCGUAAAGAGGAAAUGGAGGUGUUAGCCAUCCCCACUCGUCAAGUGCUGCGGGGUGUAGGUGUGCCCGGAGCCAACCUUCCUGGUUUCAGCUUACCAAAGGGCAUCACCGCUAUCCUGCCGAUCUUCCUGCAGGCUCUUCUCAACGGCAGUGUUGAGCAGCGUACCCAGGCGGCUCUUGCCAUUGGUGACAUCAUUGAUCGUACUGCAGCAGAUUCCUUGAAGCUAUUCGUGACGCAGAUCACAGGUCCUCUCAUUCGAGUGGUGUCUGAGCGAUCGGUAGAUAUUAAGUGCGCUAUCUUUUACACUCUCAACAAGCUUUUGGGAAAGAUCCCACUUGCUGUCAAGCCAUUCCUGCCACAGCUUCAGCGUACGUUUGCUAGAGGUUUGGCAGACACGACCAGCGAAACUUUGCGUGACAGGGCUGCCAAGGGUCUUGGAAUUCUGAUCACAUUGACUCCAAGAGUUGAUCCCCUUAUUGCCGAGCUUAUUACGGGAACCAAGACCGCCGAUGUUGGCGUCAGAAAUGCCAUGAUGAAGGCUCUCCAAGAGGUGGUUAGCAAGGCCGGUGCUAACAUGAGCGAGGCUUCCAAGAAUUCUAUUCUUGCACUCAUCGAUGACGACGCUAGCGACCAAACGGACUCUGUGGCCAUUACGAAUGCCAAGUUGCUUGGUGCGCUGGUGAAGGUUCUUCCUCCAGCCACUGCCACCCCUCUUAUCAAG